GGUGGUUAACCUUGGCACAGCACGGGGUUGGUUAGUCCUAAAGAUGGCGGCAUGUCAUCAGUGCUGUGCUGUGCUGAGUCGAGUCUGAACAUCAGAAGACUUGAUUAAUUAACAUCAACUAAACAGCAGCCAAGCAAAAUUCAAUUAGAUUAGAAGUCCACAAGUUCUCACUAACAAAUCAAGCCUACCUAGAUGUAGCAAAAUAUAAGCAACCUCUGCAAGCCAACCCAAAGAAACACAACUGCCAAGUCAUAGCAUUCAUUCUGGUAGAAGGAAACUACUGCAAUACUUAAGUUUCAAACCCAAGCCUGGCCUGCACUAUUGGCACCAAAGCACGGCACAAGCAACUGAGUGACAUCUGAGGACCACCACCCCCCAUACAAGACAGUUAUCACCGCCAAAUCACCACAAAGUCUUCUCUUACACAUUCUGUCACAAAAGAAGUGCUUUUUUUUCAAAUGCCGCCCCCUUCUAUUUAUUGAGCAUUUUGUAAACCAGUCUCGUCGCAAGAAUCUGUGUUACGUAGAAUCUUUGUUGACCAAAGUCCGAGUGUUAGAUGUAUUGUUUAUCCUGAAAGUCUGCCUUCUGGUCAAAUAAACUUUUUUUUUAUUUAGUUUUUACCUUGUCCAGUGAUAUGGAUGUCAAAUUUAUUUUGGAUUGUAAAGCUUGCCUUUUGUGAAUCUGAAAAUACUCCUUAUGCUCUUAAACAUAAAGUGAAUCAAAGCAGCAACAAUAUUUUUGAUCAAGCAUCCUAUGUAGUGGUUCAUCUGUGAAGCAUCUUAUGUAAUCCUUGUUCCUACGAAGUAAGUGUGAAGACAAGAGGAGCGAAGAUAUACUAAGUGUUUGUAAAUACAGUAGUAACAUCGACACCAGCCAUGGAUCCUCAGUGGAACCUAUUCCAGCCGCCAAUCUCUGAACCAGCAGUACUGGAAUACAACGGGAGCAGCCUGCAACACCACAGUCGAUACAAUGGUUUCUAUGAUUCUCCACUCUCUAACCACCACCAAUCUCGCAAUAAUAUGGCUCCACUGUCUCCCAGCUUUAUAUGUCCUACACCACAACAUAAUGUAUUUUCCUCCCAUAUGAAUAAUCACCAAUCUAAUCAACAAUCCAAUCAGUCUGUUCACCAGUCAAGCCACCAGUCGAAUCAUCAAGCUAAUAACCAUUCACAACAGCAUUCACAGCAACAUACUCAGCAGCAGCAGCAGCAGCAGCAGCAGCAGCAACAGCAGCAACAACAGCAGCAACAGCAACAGCAGCAGCAGCAACAGCAGCAGCAGCAGCAGCAGCAGCAGCAGCAGCAUUCACAGCAUUCACAGCAGCAGCAGCAGCAGCACCAACAGCAGCAGCAGCCACCACCGCCACCACCACAGUCUCAGGGCCCUCCUCGUUCUCCACAGUUAUCUUCCUCAUCCAGUUAUUAUAAUUCUAACUCAAGCUCCCAGUACACUCCUCCUGUUCCAGACUUCAAGAUUGGAACAUUCACUCUCAAUGCCAAUGGUUUUCCAGCAGAAUCAAAUGGUCAAGAGACCACUAAUUCUUAUUCGCAUAGCAAUGGAAUGUCAAGUAAUAAUAGUCAGAGCGUGCGAGAGACUGGUAUCAUCGAGAAACUGUUACAAACGUAUGGGUUCAUUCAGUGCUGUGAGCGACAGGCAAGGCUCUUCUUUCAUUUCUCGCAGUUUGACGGCAACACAGAGCAUCUCCGCAUUGGAGAUCCUGUGGAGUUUGAGGUAACCUUUGAUCGUCGUACGGGCAAGCCUAUUGCAUCAGCGGUCACUAAGAUUUCUCCAGAAGUGGUGCUUAGUGAGGAGAGAGUGAUUGGUAUUGUGACAACUGAGUUACGUAGCGAGUCAGGAGGAGAACACCAGGGAAGGAUUACUUACGAGAACCGUGGCGAAUGUUUCUUUCUCCCCUAUGGCAAAGAAGAUGUUGAGGGAUACGUUACUCUCAAACCAGGAGACAAAGUCAGUUUCCAGAUAGCUACCAACCAAAGGACUGGCAACCUAGCUGCACGCCAUGUGCGCUUGGAGAAUCCUGCACAGCCUGUCAAAUACCAAGGGGUUGUUAGUACUAUCAAAGAUUCAUAUGGAUUCAUUGAGCGAGCAGAUGUUGUGGACGAGAUCUUCUUUCACUUCUCUGAGGCUAAGAAUAUUCCUGGAGGGCUGAAGCUAGGUGAUGACGUUGAGUUCUUCAUUCAGACCCGCAAUGGCAAAGAAGUUGCAACCAACAUGGUAAAAUUGAAUCCUGGAACAGUUGUGUUUGAGGAUAUCAACCAGGAAUUAAUAAGAGGUCAAGUGUUGAAGCCAGUAGAGAGGAACCCUAGGCAUAACCAGAAGGAUCCACUCACUGGCCGAAUACGUUACAGGGGCAAGGAUCGCUCGGAGGUGGAAGUUAAGUUUGGGGAAAGAGACCAGAAAGGUGACUUCACAUUGCGUCAUGGAGAUUGGGUUCAGUUCAACAUUGCUACUGAUCGUCGUGACCAUUUGCAGAAAGCUACUAAUAUUUCUCUUUUGGAUGACAGGUAUGACAUUGAUACAACAAAUCAGUCUCCAAACCGCCAGAGUGCGAUCCGUAUUCAUCGGGUAAAUUCAGGCACAGUCAAGUUUGAAGUGCUAGUCACAGAGGGUGUGCAGGGUCAGAUUAUGAUACCGGAUCCGACACCUGACAGGGAGGAAGUUCCAGGGGGACUUAUCUCGUAUGUUGAGGAUGGAGUGAAAAAAACUAUCAAUUACUAUGCCAAAAGUUUUGACAGUCCUCCAGUACUGUCUGAUAAGGUGGAGUUCAACAUAUACCAAGUUAAACGCACCAAAGAGCUUAUAGCAGUGGGAGUGAAAAUACUGCCUGGCAACCCUCGGACCAAGUUCUAUCCAUACAUCGCGCCUCCUUCAAAAGCCGUCCUGCCAAACAGUCCAAGCUCGACAAGCAGUAGCAGCACUACUAACAGCAGUAGCAGCACAACUAAUAGCAACAGUAACAUCAGCAACAGCAGCAGUAGCACCAGCACUAGCAGCAGCAAUGGUAGCAACACAACUAGCAGCAGUAACAGCUUAAGCACCAGCCAUAGCAGCAGCAGUAUUAAUGGCAACAGCAGUAACAGUAAUGUGAAUGGCAAUAGUUCUGCUGGACGUCCAUCAGCCACACUGCAUCAGGGCUUUGUGGCUGCACUAAAAGACACGUUUGGCUUCAUUGAGACUAUUGCCCAUGACAAAGAGAUAUUCUUUCACUUCAGUAAUGUGGAAGGAGAUGCUGCUAGCUUUGAAUUAGGCCAAGAAGUAGAGUACACAUUAUCAUCACGUACUGGACCUGGAGGCAAGGUAUCAGCAGAAAAUGUUCGGACUCUUGCUAAAGGAACUCUUCCUAUGCCUAAGGUCAUGGCUGAAAUGUUUGAAGGGACUGUUCUACGCUCAAUGCGAUCGAUUAAUCCAGACCAGCAAGAGUAUUGUGGUCUAGUUUGUGUUGGCGAUGAAAGCGAAGGAUUGCCUCAGUAUGAGUUUGGCAUCACUGGUAUUGUCAACAAACGAGAGCUGCUACAGCCAGGAGACCAAGUCACCUUUCAGCUGGAUGAAUCUCGGCGAGCAGUUCUCAUCCGGGCUAUCCGCAAGAAGCUUAUUGCUACGGUUGAUGCUGUCAAGGGUCAAUAUGGAUUCCUGAAUUUUGAAACAGAGGAAGGGAAGAAGCUCUUUUUCCACCAGUCAGAAGUGAAGGAUGGGAACUCCUUGAGCCCAGGUGAUGAGGUGGAGUUUGUGAUCAUCACCAAUCAGAAAACUGGAAAGUCCUCCGCUUGCAGUAUCUCUCGCAUCAUGUCAAAAACUGCUCCAACACAACGGCCUAACCGUCUCAUCAGCAGACUUAAAAACUUGAAUUGUGACAACGGUAAGCCACGCAUGACUGUUCUACGCCAACCAAAGGGUCCCGAUGGCACUAAGGGAUUUAUUUUACAACGCACAAUAUCCGAAUCGGAGUCUAGUGAGGAACCUUAAUGUCUUUACAACCUUCUUGCUUGAACUUACUUCCUACUUCCCUUACCCUUUCUACUUGUGUUUGUAUGAAUGAAUGAAUGUGUAUAUAUGUAUAUGCGUGCAUGUGUGUAUAUGCAUGCAUGUAUGCAUGCAUGUGCUCGCCUAAUUCUGGUUGCAGGGGUCAAGUCACAGCUCCUGGCCCCAUUGUGUGUGUGUGUGUGUGUGUGUGUGUGUGUGUGUGUGUGUGUGUUAAAAGAUAUUCAUGAAUAUAAAGAAUGGAAUCAAACAUCCUGUACAAUUUUAAAUUCUCCUAAACACUUCAUUGAAUUCUACUAAUUGAUAUGUAUAGUAUAUGAUAUAUAAUUCUGUCUCUUUCCAUCUUUCUUGCCUUCCCACCUUUCUCCUUUACUUUCAUCCCUGUUUCCUUCCCCUCAUCUUCCCUCUACUCCUUUUUCUUCCUCUACCCUUAUUCUCCAUUUACCUUUUUACCUUCCCAUUUCCCCUCUCCACUUUCCCCUCUUCUCUGUAUCCUUUCCCUAUUAAUUUCUCUUAACUUUAGUUUUAAUGACUAUUGCCCAGUACAUUGAGGCAAAAAAUUUCCAGAAUAAGCCCUAUGGAAGGACUAGAUUGGGUAAGAAUAUGAUGCAUCUACUGCAGAAUAAACAUGUAAUGGUAUAGAUAUUUUAGUUGCUGGUGAUGUGGUUGGUGAUGGAGCUGAGAGCUAGUGCAUUGCCUCAUUGUAACCCAGUAUUGCUGAAAUUGUUGGAGCGAGUGUAACGAAUGUGUUCGCAAAACGUUUUCCUACUAGAGGCCACUUAGGGUGAUAAUUUUCCCCUUGCUUUUGUUGCUUGCUCAGCAUCUCCUUGUAGUUUAGCGAUGCUUAAUAUUAGAAUAGUCAUCAUACUUUGCAAAAUGUAUCAGAAAUGAAUGCCCCCAGGUGAAUGAAUGUUGUAUGAUCAAUUGUUGUACUGUAUAACUUUACCAAAUUGUCACAACUUUGAGCUUAACAAAUCCCAUUUUCAUUGUAGAAGUAGCCAAUAUUUUAUGAGUGCAAAACAACUCCAAUUGAUAUUUGAAUGUGUAUAUGGCUUAUCGAAAUUUCUUGAUUUGAAUUAUAAUUGAUGAAUGUAAACACUACUUAAUCACCUUGCUUAAGAAUUCAGUGUUAUUACUUAAUUGUAGCAUAGCGAUGAUAUAGCAGUCAUCAGAAGUAAUGAAGUGGUAGCAAAUCUUGUUAUCCCUGGAUAUUUUGGCCAGCUUUCUUUGCUGAUGUGUAAUGAUUUUAGCUGGAUAUGAUUGACAUAUAAGGUUAUAAGUACCUUUUCUUAAAGUACAAGUAAUAUAGGCAUCUAAUGGACCCCACAAGAUGCUUAUUUUUCAGUUUUUUUCCUUUUGUUGCUAAUUCUUUUAUCAAAGACAUAAGGCAUAUUUACUGUCUUUUUAGUACAAGAGAAAUACAUUAAAGCCACCUCCUUGAGAUACAGUACAGUGUUAAUUCAGUGUGCUAUUGAAUUUGUGUAGAUGUAAUUCUCUUGACUUUGAGAUGUUAAAGGCAUUUAGAGGCUGGCAUCAGGAAGAGUAGUCAAGGAAUUUUGCUGUGUGGUAUGGUCAAUAUAUGUCGCUGUUCUGGGCAUAUUUAAAUUGUCUUUGCCUGAAAAUUUACUAUCUUGUGUUGCCAGAUAAUUUUGUUUUAGUUUUAGCAUAUUGAUAUAAGUACAUCCUGACAGGAAAACAUUAAUAGUAAAAAAGGGGGAGGGGGGGAUGAGAACAUGAUCAAGAGAUUCUGUGAAAUGUAACACAUGAUUAGAACUAAGGAAUUAAUCAGUAACUGAUGCCAUUAUAUCCAAGGAGAACUUGAUUUUCUUUUGAAAGGUGAGCAGGGCAUCAGUUUUGAGUUCUACUUAAGAAAGGCCUCAAAUAAGCUUAUGCAAACCGCUUUGACAUUUAAGAAAUUUGUGGAACUAAAAUAAUAUUUAGUGACAGAGGUGUAUCUAUAUUCCAGUUUUUUUUUUUAGUUAGUUUUAAUUUUGAGAUUACAAAAUUAUACUGGGAUUAACUACUUAAAUAUGGCAGCUCCAUAUCAAAGAUUCUGGAGAAAAAAAUCCCCAAAUUCUAAAUGCACAAAUUCAGUCAUUCCUUCUUCAGGUUCUUUGGUGGUUAAAAAUUUUUCCAUUCUACUCAAGGAUACACUAAAUGUUUAUUAAUUAUAUAUAUAUUAUAUAUAAUUGAGCAAAAACUAGAUACUCAGAAUUGAUGUUCUUUCACUGAGGAAAAUGAUGAUGCACUGCAAAUGAGUUUCCAUAAUUAUACCUCAACUAUAAGGCUGUGUUAAAGUCUGUGAUCCCACGCAACUAAAAGGGAUAAAUACGCGAAAUAGACGUAUUUAUACAUAAUGCACUUGAAGGUACUAUUGUGUUGACCGUGUUUUAACCUUACCUGUGACACCACAAGUAUGCCCAAUAACUCUUCAUACUGUUAGUUCUUUGCCAUUCAUCUGGCCUACCCCAAACCAUAUACCAUUUAUGAAGUACUUUUUAAACUGAUCAGUGUGUGGAUGCCCAUGGCCCAUUUUGAUACUGAUGUUAGGUUAUUGGCAGCAGGAGCCUUGAAACCUAAAACAAACUUAACUUCCUGCUUCCAGUGACCUUAAUUUCUGGCAUAUGUGGAGGAAGAACAGUGGUCUUUGUGCUAGAUGGCUCUUAUAUAAUGGGAAGACAGCUUGAUGAUAUUUAUAAGCAACCCUAAAAUAAUUUUUAAGUGUUAAUAUUGCAUACUUGAUUUUUUCACUUUGAAUUCCCAUUUGAUUGAUGGUGAUGCAUUACUCAGGCAUUUUGUUAAAUGAAAAAAUGGGAAAUGUUAGGUAGAUUUAUGAAGCUUUAGAUGGUAAUUUUAUUCUGUUAAGGAAGUCGUAUGUUUACUUAGUAAAAAAAAAAAAAGUUGGAGAACAUACUUGAUUAGGAUGGUAAUCUAGAAAUUCAUGGUUGUGUACCUACUUGCUUAUUAACCCUAAUAAGGAUGGCUGAUCAUUGACUUUCAGACUAUGGUCUUUAUAUACCUACCAUAACAGCUGGUUGUAAUUGUUAUAAUUGAAAGUUAAUUUAGUUUAUCAUUUGUUUCUACAUAUACAUUAAAUUGUAUAGGUAUGUAAUGAACCUUAGGUAGUCACAUUCAUAAAAAUGUUGGUGUAUUAUAUAAUACCAAAAUAACCACAUGUCUUUUGUCCUGAGUAAAUAGUGUGGAAAGAUGGAAAGUCUUUCCUAAAUGUGUCCAGUUAUGGAGAGAGAGGCUGUUUUUAAAAAGUAAAGAUUUACAAAAACAGCUAGUGUAGGUAAUAGGAUCAAGACUUCAAAGUGAACUUUAAGCAUUUUUUAUAUUAUAAUAUAUCCAUUAUCAAAUUAUUCAAAGUAAGAUCGAUAUGUAUGGUAAACUAAAGAAUGUCAUGUCCAAUAAAAACUCACUGUGUCUUCUUAAUUGUGCCAUGAAUAUACUCCUAAUAAUGUAAACCAUUUAAGAGAUUAUACUGUAAAGUUAUAAUGCAAAUACCCUCACUACAAAGUGAAAAUAUUUAUUAUUGCCUGAACAGUAGCAAUUAUGAAUAUUUUUCUCCUUGUGAUCUAAAUGGUUGGGGCAAGCAUUCAUAUCUGCUCCCACUACAAUGCAGGCAAACCAGGUUGUGAGCAGUAAAAAUUCCUGACACUAGCUCGAAAUGUUCCCUUAAAGUGGUAACUUCAUGUAUGCUAAGUAGCCUUACUACAUGCAUAUCAGGUAAAUUAUGUGUACUAGGAUGCACCCAUUUUAAUGAAAGCUCUGGACUCAUUUUGUCAUAUUUACAUCCAUUCUAUAAAGAUUGGUUUAGUGCUUCUUUUUUUAUUAUUACAAUAAUAAUAAUCUAUAAAGAUUGUUUUAUAGCUUCCAAAACUGAUUGCUUUCACCACAUCUCAGUCUUGCUAUUUAGCUGGUGACUCCUUUGUGCUGUUGGAGUUGUAGAUGCUAUCUGUAACUGCUCCUACCUGUUAUAUUUGGCUACAUUUUAGUACAAGACAAGGAUUUAUUAUGCAUUAACAGUUACACAAUAACAUAAAACUGAAUUUGAUAAUAAAAUUUCUCAAAAGUAUUUUAUUUCUGCAGGGAGGGCUGUGUGAUUCUCUAAUUAGGUCUUCUUUCAUAAAUUUAUUGCAUAUUUAAUGGUCAUCCUACGUACACAAAUUUUUCUUCUCGUGUUGAUUUUUAUUUUUCAUGUGGCAUUUUAUUAUAAAAAAACAUACACCAAAGCUUUUGUAUAGUCAUAGUAGGCACCAGUGUGAAUAGAAAAAGUAUAAAGGAUUGCUUUGUAAGACCAAUUUGCAAGUUUUGCAUUUUUCUCCAUUGAUCAUCUGAGUGUCAUGCAUAGUGUAAUGAUUUUGGUCACAUGCAAUUCCUUUAAGAAAAAAAUGAGAUUUUUUAAAUUCAACCAUAUGUUCUGUAGGUUGGUGCAGACUGUGUUUAGCAAAUCCAAACGGAACAAAAAAAAUUAAUGUAAAAAGACUGUUUACAUCUUAAGGUAACUAGGAUUUUUUGGGUUGGCAAGUGUGAGGAUGUUAAAUUGUUCAUUAUUUAAAUGUCAAUUAUAAUUUCCUUGCAUUUGUAACAUUAAACUUAAGCUGCCGAGUAACAAAAAAGCUACUUGAAAAGCUUUCCCUGUCAUGUUGAUCAUGAUUGUUUUUGAAAGCUACUUGUAAAAAAAAAAAAGCUCAAAAAUGACAAAAUGCAAAAAACUAGUGUAUGUGUGCUUAUAUAUAAAAGUUAAUUUCAUUUUUGUAUUACGCUAAGUGGCCUCAUUGCUUAUGGUAACAGGAAUGGAGAAUGAUAAGUUUUGUAUCAAUUCAAAAAAGUAAUAAAAAUAUGCAAAUUUA